GAAAUUUACCCUGACACCGACCUGCAAGCGUUUAUCGACACCAGAUUAAAAUGAGUGAAGAAACUAAAAAUUUAGGUCCUGAGGUCCCUGUUGACGAAGAUCAAAGUAAUAAAGACAAAAUACUAUGUGAAAGAUGUUCCUCAGUAAUUUUACUUCCAACUAAAGCCAAGUACAUUAAAAGAGAGUUCUACUUGCCGAAUAUGAAGAAAAAAACAGAGACUUCAAGUCCGGAGGAUGGUGAGACUGUUGAAGACUUCUGGGUCGUAGAUGACAUGUUCACAUUUGAAAAUGUUGGCUUCUCAAACACAGUUGAUGGGAUAAAAUACCUAAUAUGUGCAGAUUGUGAAAUAGGACCAGUAGGAUUCCAUGAUACUAGUGAUAAAAAAGCAUUUUAUAUAGCUCAUAAUAGGAUAAAGUAUGAUGGGUGAAUUGGACAUCUUUGAUUAGGAAAAAUGUUUGCUUAUCAUAAUUUAAAAGUCAGUUGUUUUGAUAUGGGACCAAUAUUGUUAUAAUGAGUUAUCAAGCUUCUAAUAUUUUAAUUUUAUUUUUUUUCAAAAUGUGCAAUAUAAUAUGAAAUUGUUUUUGGCUUAUGCAUGUAAAAGCUUAGUAUGAUAACAUUUUCAUAUUUGAGAAUUGUGUGGGAUUAAAAUGAUUUUCAUAAUUUUUAACAAUUCAUUUUCUUCUUCUUUUUUUUUCAAAAUAAGUGACUAAGUCAUUACAUAUCCUAUUUUGAAAACAUGUAAUAAAAUAAUAUUAAGUGAGAAAAA